AUGGAUGCCGCUUACCCCUUACUUGUAGGCGAUAUCCACCUCGCUAUUGACCUCGUCACCGGAGAAGAAGUGGCCGUGAAGGUCGAGUCUACGACUAACCGGACCUCACAGCUCGGAAACGAGGCCAAGGUGAUGAAGUCAUUAGCAGGCGGCAUCGGAAUAUCAGCUAUCCGGUGGUAUGGCAUCGAGGGCGAUUACCACGCCAUGGUAAUGGAUCUCCUCGGCCCCUCCCUGGAAGAUCUCUUCCGAUUCUGCGAUCGUCGUUUCUCCCUCAAGACCGUCCUCCUCCUCGCAGACCAGCUCAUCUCGCGUACCGAAUACAUCCACUCUAGGAACAUCGUCCAUCGAGAUCUCAAGCCCGGCAACCUCCUCAUGGGCACCGGGAAACGCGGGAAUCAAGUCAAUGUGAUCGAUUUCGGGCUGGCCAAGCCGUAUCGUGAUGCAAAGACGGGGGUGCAUGUGGCGUAUGGCGGGAAUAGGACGUGGAUGGCGGGGACGAUUCCGUAUGCCAGUCUGAAUACUCAUUUGGGGGUGGAGACGUCUAGGAGGGAUGACCUGGAGGGUCUGGGAUAUGUGUUCGUGUACUUCCUCAGAGGAGGGAGUCUACCUUGGUAUGGUCUCAAGGGCGCCAGCAUGGAGGAGAAAUUUGACCGGAUGAAGUUCAAGAAAAUGUCAACACCUCCAGAGAUACUCUGCAGAGGCUACCCGACUGAAUUCGCCACUUAUCUCAAUUACGCCCGGUCACUCCGCUUCGAUGAGGACCCCGACUAUGUUUAUCUACGCCGGCUGUUUCGGGACCUCAUGGCGAGGGAGGGGAUCGCGUACGACUACAUAUUUGACUGGAGCGUCAAGCCCCUGUCCAAGCCUGCUCGACAGCCCGCAGAUGCACAGGACCCAGGUCCACCUCGAGCGGUCAUCGCCCUGCGUCCAGCGCAGGAAUGA